AUGUCAGAGGCUUACGAGGCGAGAGUCAAUUCAAACCGAGCCUUCAAUGAAAGCCAACCGAACUUGUUCUCCAACAACGAUGAUUUUGAGGACUUGGACGAUGAUUUUCUGGAUAUUUAUACUAUGAACCCUAGGCAGCGCAUGUUGCAUCAACUCCGCAAGAUUCGUAACAAGGCAAUUGAUUACUUUCAAAAGCUGUCGACCUUAAAGAAGAUAUUAGUCAUAUUGGCUGUUUUACUGCAGUUGACGCUGACGAUCGUUAUACUGAUUUUUCAUAAUCAGAUCUUAAAAGCUAUGAUCACUGCAUCUAACGAGCUUAGAGCCAGAUGGUACACUCCUUUGAUAUUCAUGGCUCUAGUGUUCGCAGUUUCAUUCCCUCCUCUCAUUGGGUUUUCAAUGCUGUCAAUUAUGGUGGGUAUAAUUUAUGGAAUCAGCUUUUUAGGCUGGUUCAUUUUGUUUACCGGAUCCGUGGGUGGUUCCAUUUCUGCAUUUGUUCUGUUCAAGACGCUUUUGCGCUCUCAAGCAGAGAGGCUGGUCCACGCAAAUGCCAAAUUCGAAGCUUUGACAUCUACUUUGCAGGAUGAUGAUAGCUAUUGGAUGCUAUCAUUGAUCCGCCUGUGCCCCUUCCCUUACUCAUUCACGAAUGGUGCCAUUGCUGGGAUCUAUGGAGUGUCACUGCGCAACUUUUCCUUGGCAAGUGCAUUGACGUCCCCUAAGCUACUGAUGUACCUGUUUAUCGGGUCCAGACUCAAAAGCAUGGGCGAAACUAGCUCAACUUCUUCUAGACUGUUUGAUAUUGGUAGCAUCAUCGUUACAGGAUUAAUCUUAGCGCUAACUACGUGGAUUUUGUACACCAGGGCUAGAAAAAGAUAUCUAGAGUUACAAAGGAACCAAAGCCUUGAUGUUUCAUUCGAAACGGUGUUUUAG